UAUGUUGAAUUUAAGAACUUCCCUAAACCCUAAACUCUCAAGAGAACUUCUGUAGCGCCACUGGAUAUAACCUGAUACCUAAGUUGUGUUUUUAUUAUUGUAGUUUGUUUAUCAUAAAUAUUAUCUGUUAUAGAUUUACUGAACUCAGUUUUACUAGUAAAGUUCAGUGUAUAGAUUUUAUUCAAUGCAAUAUUGAGAAAUAAUAGUUUAUAACUCAUUUUAAUAUGGCUGAAGAAGAGCAAGAAGUUUCAGAUUCUCCUAGAAGAGGGCCAACACUUUCUACUUCAACUUCGAGCUUUGAGGCUUUGGACCCCCAUGAUCCCAACUUAAGCCAGCUGGCCAAUAGGAUGUUCAGUAAAACAUCUGAAUACCUUUAUGGCGAACUGACUUCAACAUUAGAUGAUUACAGGCUUCUAGAGAAUAUGAAUCAAACUGUUAUAACCAAAUAUUCUGAUAUGAAACGUUUAGCGGUGAAUGUCAAGAAGAGUAUGUGUGAAUUAAAUGAGAAAUAUAAUUCAUUAAUUCCACUUCUACAACAAAUAGAACAAAUAGAAGAUAGCGUGGUGAAAUUAGAACAAGCUGCAUACAAAUUAGAUUCUUAUUCAAAACGAUUGGAAGCCAAGUUCAAGAAUUUGGAAAAUCGUUGAAUUGAAGACUUUGUUCUUGUUGGAUUUGAUAUUGUUAAUUAGUGUACAUAUACGAAAUAAAAUGAAAUUUGUGAACAAAAAA